UUUACGUAACCGAUAAGAAAAUGAAGCUUGGCUAUAGUAUUCCAAAUUGAGUUUCUUUGCAGAAAAAUUACUUGUUUUCAGUUUACUUCAUAUAAAGUAUAUCAAGGUUCCUAAUUUUGCAAUAUGUCUACAGAUAAUCUUACAGCUAUUCUUUAUGGAAUCAAUGAUUUACGUCUAGAACAAACUGAAAUAGAGGAGCCGAAUGAAAGUGAAGUAUUACUUAAAAUCGCAUGCGUAGGUAUUUGUGGAUCCGAUGUUCAUUAUUUGGAGAAUGGAAGAAUAGGAGAUUACGUAGUUGAACAGCCAAUGAUAAUUGGUCAUGAAUCAUCUGGAACUGUUAUUAAACUGGGAAGUGCUGUUCAAAAUUUGAAGAUUGGCGAUAGAGUAGCUAUUGAACCUGGAGUACCAUGUCGUAUUUGCGUAUUUUGUAAAAGGGGUCGUUAUAAUUUAUGUAAAGAUAUAAAAUUUUGUGCUACACCGCCAGUACAUGGAAGUCUUCGUAGAUAUUAUAAACAUGCAGCAGAUUUUUGUUUCAAAUUACCAGAUAAUGUUUCUUUUGAAGAAGGAGCUCUUCUUGAACCAUUAUCUGUUGGUGUACACGCUUGCAAAAGAGCAAAUGUUGGAAUAGGAUCAUCUGUUUUAAUCUUAGGUGCUGGUCCAAUCGGUCUUGCAACACUACUUGCAGCAAAAGCAAUGGAAGCCAAACUAGUUGUAAUUUCUGACUUAAUUGAAUACAGAUUAAAUAUUGCAAAAAAAUUGAAAGCAGAUCAAACGUACAUUAUAGAUAAUAUAUUUAAAGAAAAUGAAAACAUUAAUAAUAUCCACAAGUUAUUUAAUGGACAACCUGAUAUUACCAUAGAUACAUCAGGUACUGAAUCUUCAAUUAGACUUGCAAUCAUGGAUCAAUACAAAGAUUUAUUUGAAAAAAAAGAUACCUGGUACAUCAAAACACUACUGAAGUCCAUUUUCAUUACAUUUCUGAAAUACUUCUCGUACCUCAUUAUCACUAAAGUCGAUCUGUUAUCUAUCUUUUUAGAAUUAGACUAUGGCCACCAGUUGCCUGGUAGAAGAAAAGUAUGGGAAAGUGGAAGGGGUAGCGCUUGA